AUGACAGGCAUCUCUGAAAACAACUUGCGCGCCCGAUCCACCAGCAUGUCCUCCAACCCGGAUCUCCAAUUCAGCAGCGAUGCCGAGUCCGAACACGGCGUCAAUCAUAUCGACCAUUCAGUCGUCACCAAACGUGGUGCACCAGCCCGCCACUCGCGAAAGGAGCGCCAUACCUGGAACAGAACUGAUGAGCCAUCGAGACGCGGAAAGACUGGCUCCAAGGGCCGAUCUACUUCCCGACAUUGA